GCAAGCCUGAAUAAGAAAAAGAAUUUCUCCCUCCUAAGCCAUGGCAUAUCCGUUGUACAGAAAUACCACUUUGGGAAACAGUCUUCAGGAGAGCCUCGAUGAGCUUAUACAGUCUCAACAGAUUACCCCCCAACUUGCCCUUCAAGUUCUACUUCAGUUUGAUAAGGCUAUCAAUUCAGCAUGGGCACAGAGGGUCAGGAACAGAGUCAAUUUCAGGGGCUCUCUAAAUACGUACAGAUUCUGUGAUAAUGUGUGGACUUUUGUAUUGAAUGAUGUUGAAUUCGGAGAGGUGACAGAACUUAUUAAAGUGGAUAAAGUGAAAAUUGUAGCCUGUGAUGGUAAAAAUACUGGCUCCAAUACUACAGAAUGAAUAGGGAAAAAAAUGGCUUUUUAAUGCUCUCCUGUUAUUGUUCAUCGCUUUUUGAAGAGAAGCA